CGACCUACCACCUCCACCAGUCCCCAACACCUUGCCGCGGAGGGUGGACGGAGGCCCCGCUCCCUCGCUCCCGACCGCUGGGUGCUGCUGCUGCAACCACUACUCGCUCGCUCAACCGCGCCUCUCAUUCAGUGAAGACUCAACCGUUGCUCACAGUGUUACUUCCGAGACGUGACUGAUUGGCUGCCACACGUGCGAAUGGCGAGCGUGGCUUGAAGUGUCAGCUAUGGAGCGCAGGGAUAAACGUUCCUAAAAUGAACUCACGGAUUGAUGAGCUUUACUAGUGUGUAACUUUAAGAGUUGUGGAGCAACGUGGUGGUGUGUCACUUAUUCGCUGCUCCGAGGACGCCACUUGAGACUUUGUACACAGUCAGCAAUAGCGAGAACUGCUGCUGGCCAUCUCUACCUCCCUUCUUUGCACAGAGUGAUACAGUGACGUAGUGAAGAUGAGGACCAGCGACGUAAUCAACGAGGCGGCGGCGACAGCCGGGGUGGGCACGGGUCUUCUGUCUCUCAGUGGCGCCGUGACAGCCAACUCCGGCAAAGGCUCAACUUUACCUGAAGUUUCACCAGGUCUUACUUUUGACCUGUCAACUUACACGAGGAUCGUGCAACAAAUGGCUUCCAAAAUAUAUCCCUAUGAUCCGGCCGCCGUGGUGGCGUCUCUGGCCGCUCUAGGCCCUACCUCUCAUCUGCCUCUGGCUCUCACAGCCCCGCACGCACUCUCCCUUACCACAAAGAACUUGGAUAGUGAAAAGGCCAGCAAGAUAACUGAGUGCCUGCUACCCGGUAGUGGGCUCAAGAUGGGAUGGCAGCCUGAAAAAUCUGAUAAAAAAGUGAAAGAAGAGGAUGGAGAAUCUGCUCUUGACUUGAGAACUCAAGGUUUAAAAUCCUUGUAUUCCUCCUACAGACGAGCCUCCCUGGAUGAUAUCAAACCCAAAGUCGUGGAAGACAUCUGGGUCGAGAAUGACAUUCAACUAAGUUGGACAGACUCACGCGUGGCUGCUUACAACCCAGCUCAAAAACUGUUCAUGUGUGUGGACUGUGAGUGCGUAGGAUUCCUGUCCCGUGUAGCAGAGCACUGGCUGGGCGCCCACGCUAACCUGCGCGUGUUUUCCUGCCCCCGAUGUCCGUACACAUCUGCGUGGUCUCGCUGCGUGAAGAUGCAUCUCACGCGGCAGCACAACGAACAGUUUGCUGACACCAACAUGUGGAAAGAAAAUUCAACACUUAUGGAGGUCACUCGGCUGAUGCAAGAACUGCGAAACAAGGUGGAGAACAGAAUCGAUUCCAGCAACACUUUGGCAGAUAAACGAUUUUAUUGUCCACAUUGUCCCUACGCCACUGACAGACGUGACCUAUACACACGUCACGAGAAUAUCCACAAGGAUGACAAGCCUUUCCACUGUUACCUUUGUUUCAAACAGUUUAACAGAGCAGACCACGUGAAAAAACACUUCGUCCGCAUGCACCCAGAGUCUGAGUACGAUAUUUCCAAGAUUCGUAAGCAGCCAGGCAGUGGGCGGAGUGCUGCUCGCUCACCACCUUCUCCAUUAGUGACACUGUCCCAAGAAGCCUCUGCACCACCACCACUGCCACCGCCACGGGUCGUCACACCAGUUCCUUCUCCUCCCACUGCUCCUUCUCCAGCGCCUUCCCCACAACCCAUGACUCCUGAAGCACCUGUAGCAGAUAUGGGGCCAAUAAGUGCUCCCUCAACCCCCGAAGACUGCAGUCCAGCCUCUCCAGGGGCUAUGAUAAACCUGGGUGUGGGACUGAGCAUGAUAUCCGGCAUGGAUAGCCCAGAACCUGGCCGUGGAAGGAGGCGUGGAGACCGGGCGUACACGUGUCCUUACUGCCAUUGGGCCGGUAGUGACAACUGGUGUCUCAAGCGACACAUGAAUACUCACAUCAAACCUUUUGCAUGUGUGAUGUGUGACUACAAGGCGGCAAGGGCAGAGCGGCUCUCUACACACGUCUGGAAGGUGCACAACAAGAGAAUCUGCAACAAGUGCAACUUCCUGGCCGAGACACAAGAGCGUCUGUUGGAACACACCAGAGAGGAACACCACAACAACCCGUAUUCACGCCGCUACAUUUGCUCCUCCUGUGUGCUGACCUUCGACACCCGGCCCGCCCUGGAGACUCACCAGCACCUCUGCCACCCCUGCCUUACUACCUCAGACACGUCCGCUGGUUCUCCCAUCCCACCAGUGCAGGAUGUUGCUCAUGACUUAUCCAUUCGCAGUGAAAAUCGUUCACCACGACAGGCCUCGUCCCCUCUGGUAUGUCCCGUGGAUGGUUGUGGCCACAUGGUGGGCUGCAGCAGCUCACUGGCAGAUCACAUAAGGGAGGAUCACGGAGGUGCUGGUGGCUCCAGCUGUCCCCACUGUGGGUAUCAGCUCACCCACGAUGAGUUAUCUAGGGACCAUUGGCUUACUCAUCACAAUGAAGUGUGUGCUGCUUGUGUCCACGUCUUCACUGCCGUGUACGGACCACAAUUGUGGAAAAAAGUCCACGUCCGCCCCAGCUCAGUCGAGAGUCCUCUAGAUGCAAUUGUCACGGGACUCAAUCGCAAGCGUACUGCCAACGACGGCUCACCCAUUGAUUCAUCACUGGAAGGCCCGCUCUCCAUCGUGACGUCACUCUCCACUCUCCACAGAGACUCACCAUCUCCAGGGUCUGACACACAGGACACAGAUAGUGAAAGAUUCUGUAAACGCUCAAGAAAACAACGGUGCCCCAAGAAAGUCAUCACAGUGGCAGAAGACUCAAGCAAUGGUUCUCUCAACACGACGCGUAAGCAAAACUCCAUGAGGUUGCGACGCAGGGCAGUGCUCAACAGACCAGGCUUUGUGAGCCGUCAGUGUCAUAAAUGCCCUCGCCGGCCAGUCUUUGCCUCCCGUGCUCGCCUUCAGCUGCACGUGAAGUGGAGUCACGGCAGACGCAGUGCUGGGCGACGGAAUCCUCCGACAGAAAGCACUUCAUCCGCCACAGUCUCGGUCCACUAGGGGGAAGAUUGCCGUCUUAACAUAACGGGUAACCAACGAUGUGUGUGCUCUUCACUUAUUACAUUUUCUACACAUUAGGCUCUCGGAACCCAUUGCUCAUGAAAAAAUUGUGCCCAGGACCAGCGGGUUGUGCAGCCGUGAUGCCAGGCUGGUUGUUGGACACAAUGGCCGUAAAAAGGGAUCUCAUUUCCCAUACUCUUCAAAAUGAGAUAAUCUCAACAUUAUGUAUCAGUGUAUGAUAAAUUAUUGAAUUUCCCCUACUUAUGUAUAUUCUUGUACAGCAACAAACUUAGAUGUGCACCGACCUUCGGCUAUUUAGAGUUCUCGAGUACAAUAUUACCUCACAGGAAACUGAUAUCUUAAUAGCCUCAAGUCAGUAAUGCAGAGAUUGUCAGGGACGUGAGUAUUGAUUAUUCUCAAUAUGCAAAAGAAAAAUCCAAAAGUUAGUCUGAUGUGAGAGCAAAAGACUGAUGGUGUCAAAAGUUGCAGAUUUAGUUGUACAAUUAUUAUUGCAUUUGAUCGAUAUAAAUUCUUUGGUUGUGACAUACACAAGUGACUCCUCUGGUUGUGUCAGUUAACACAACCAUUUCUUGUAAUGUGGUAAGUAAUACCAAUCCUUCACCUUGGCCUCAACACCUCCCACCAACUUCCCAAACUUUAUAAUAUCAGUCUAAGCUAAGCACAUAAUACAAGGUGUUAAGACACAGCUCUUAUAACUGUAACUUGAUGCCUCCUGCCAAAUGAGGAGUUAAGACUAAGACUAUUUGCCUUCCACCUGUGCGGCACACUGCUGCUGCUGCCGGGGAGUCCAGGCUCCAGAGCCCAAAGCCUUGCCAUGAGGCAGUUGGAUGGGACUCUGGGUGCAACCAUUUAGUAUACACAAGCAUCCCUCUCUGUAGAGCUGGGAGAGAUAUUUUAGCAUUUAGGUACACUAUAAUAGAAGCUCAAAAUCCCUUUUUUUGUCUAUUUCAUCUUUAGGCAUUUGAAAACAAAUAAACCAUAAAUGCAUAAGGUAUCUGUUAACAAAUGGAUUAAGAUAAAACUUCUUGCCUUUCACCUUUCCUCUCUCUAAUGCUGUGCUUAUAGCCCAUUCAAAGCCAAAGAUUUUAUUGAUUUAUUCUAGCAUUGUGAUUUCUCCCUUAUUAUGCUACAACUUAUGGAAUAGUUUCUGUGAUUACUGUUGUGAAUGGAAUGUCUGUUACUUUGCAUCACUAAGUCAUGUUUGAUUAGGAUCUUUGUCUAAUCUGUUCAGCCUCAGUGACACUAGGCCAAUGAUCCACUGCAUUUCAUUACUGUUGUUGUUGUUAUUACCAUUAUUAUUAUUAUUAUUAUUAUUAUUAUUAUUAUUAUUAUUAUUAUUAUUAUUAUUAUUAUUAUUAUCAUUAUUACUACUACUACUACUACUACUACUACUACUACUACUACUACUACUACUACUACAAUAUGUUUUGUUACGCCUUGGCCUUCUAGUCAGAUUGUUGCCAAAGUUUACCCAUUUACAGUUUCAAUGAGAUGUUCAUAACCCAGCCAUACUAUAAUAAAAUACUGACCAAACAUCUCUGGUGCUAACAUUAAACUUUUUUAGAAGUCCUUUACCUAAUAAAGUCUAUAUGCAAUUUUCAAAGAGUAAGGAAAACCCUCAUCUCAGAGAACAUUUUAUAUGUUGUUCAGUUUUUUUCCUUUUAAGAUAUGAGGAAUAAACAAUUUGAUUACAAAGGACCAGAUGCCCUCGUGUUGUUUCUGAUCUUGUGAUUCCUUUGCUAAAAAAUUUGCUCAAUCUCCUUCCACACUAUACAAGUAAACAGUUACUGUUGUAGAGAUAUUGUAGUGCAGGCUGUAGGCACAUCACACAUUGUUACUUGUUUGUGCCACAGUAAUGGCAUACUUGUGGCUACUGGCAAGACUUAUAAUAGCAAGCAACAAUGGGCAGAGAUGGAGGGUUUACCUUGACUUUUCUUAAGCUUUAUGGGUAAAGAGGGAAAGCAUGGAGGCUCUGGGAUAGCUUUCAAGGCAUAGAGCAAGAUACUUGUCUGCAUCGAGAGUAUCACAUUGUUUCAUUCUAAGUACAUAACAUGUUGGGUCUCUGGUAACUCAGUGGAGGAAAAAUGUGCUCAACAGGUAUUGUGCCUAAAGCCAUUUUGUUAUAAAACCUUGUACAUACAUUCUUGUGAUCUUGCAAGCAAUAGUAUUUAAACACAGCUCAGGACUGUAGUUGUGAAUGAAUUACCUAAGGGAUGUUAAAUGAGGAUGAUGCUUAAACAUACUUGCUUGUACUUAAAUUAUAUUCUUGUACUACUAAGCAUAGCUUUGGUAUCAGCCUGAGCUGACACAAACAUGUAUGAAGCCUCAUCCUCAGUCAAACUGGGGAUAUUAAGCACACUGUAGCUUUUUAAACUUUUGAAAACUUCAGUGGUGCAAAAAUAGUACCUGGUAAUAUAUUAUAGGAAAUAGAAAUAUGGCAGAAUUCAGAGGGAAACGUGAAUAUUUUUCAUUACCUUAGACAUACGUAUAUACACCACAAUUCAGGUGUAAACUAAAGAUGUGCAUCUUUCAUUUAAAUAGAAAACAUUAUUUAAGAAAAGGAGCUGCAGCUCAUCUCCCACAGUACUACAUACUGGUAUAUUCAUCCUUUCCCUUAACAUGAAGGACGGCCAAAGAUGAGUUAUUCCAUUUACACUUAAUUAUGCAGGUUUUUGAUAUCAAAAUGCUUGAAAAAGAAUGUGACCACUGAUGUUAAUUCCACCUUUGAAAUAAAAUCUACUGCUGCCUUUCAUCUAAAAAUUAUUUGCAGAAUCAUAAAAGUAAUAAUGACAGUGUGAAUAUUUUUGUCUUUGAAUGCACAUCUUGACAUGUUGACUGCAUGGAGAAAGGGAAGAAUCAAAUAUAAAUAGUGUAUGUAUAUAAGGGAUUAUAUGUCUUGGUUGAUGAUCCAUGCAGCAAAACAGUCAAAGAAUAAGCAUAAUGUAGGCCACUGUAGGUACAAUGCAACUUUUUUUUCUUUAACUCUGGAGUAACCAGUAACUCAAUGGCAAAUUAUUUCAAGAUCACCAUGAUCUUUGAGAUAUAUUCCUGUUAUACAAAGCUUUAUUCAGUAAUAUGGAAAGUCAAUUACCAUUGAAGCUUUCUAGUUGAAAUGCCACCUACAGAAUUAAGUGUAGACUGAGCAUGAGCUUGGUACCACACCAUGGCUGGAUAAAGCUUACAAGUACACCUUACAUAAUUCUGUUUCUGUGUUAACAUGUUUACACCAACCAUUCCCUUAAUGCCUUCAAUUACCUCUUACUAUUAUGUACUUUUCAUACCAAUAAAAUGAAUUACAAAAA